UGCACAUGUGUGGAAGUUGAAACAUCUGUAUAUACUUAUACAAAUUCUCAAACCGGAAGCACAUGGUAUGCUGUUAUUGUAAAACGAAACUGAAAGUAGCAACAAUGAAGGUGAUAACAUGCACAGCACCCGUAAACAUAGCGGUGGUAAAAUACUGGGGCAAGAGAGAUGUCAACCGCGUUUUGCCAGCUAAUUCAUCUGCCAGUGUGACCCUGGAUCAGAAACAGCUUAGAGCAAAGACAACUGUGGCAGCGAGUGCAGACUUUGAAGAGAACAGAAUUUGGCUGAAUGGCAGGGAAGAGACCAUUGAAACACCUAGAAUACAAAACUUGCUGAAGGAAAUUAAACAAAGGGCCAAAGAGACCGUAAGUUGUGAUGACUCGCUAUUGUCAUGGAAUGUGCGAAUUUGCUCCGAGAACAACUUCCCAACAGCGGCGGGGCUGGCCUCGUCUGCAGCUGGAUAUGCUUGUCUAGCGUACUCUCUUUCGCAGCUGUAUAAUGUUUCCGGGGACAUCUCCGACAUUGCCAGGCAAGGGUCUGGCAGCGCCUGCAGAAGUAUAUAUGGAGGGUUCGUUGUAUGGGACAAAGGAGAAUUGGCAGAUGGGAAAGACUCUAUCGCCCGACAGAUUGCCCCACAUACACAUUGGCCAGAACUCAGGGUUCUCAUACUAGUAGUGAGUGAUCAGAAGAAGCAGACAGGAAGCACUGCAGGUAUGCAGGUUACCAUGGAAACCAGUUCCUUGAUGGCAGCGAGGCUGGGUGUAAUUGAUCAACGCAUAGAAAAAAUUACCGCAGCUAUAUUGAAGAAGGAUUUCCACACAUUUGCUGAACUGACUAUGAUAGAAAGUAAUCAGCUCCAUGCAGUGUGCCUGGACUCCUACCCUCCCAUAUCUUACAUGACAGAUGUAUCCCGCCUCAUUGUGAAUCUCGUACAUGCUUACAACACUUAUCAUGGACAAAAUAAGGUUGCCUACACAUUUGAUGCUGGCCCAAAUGCCUGUCUGUACCUUCUUGAAGAGCAUGUUCCCAUGGUUACCUCCCUUGUGCAACAUUUCUUCCCUCCAAUCCAGGGGAAUAAAGAGUUUCUCACAGGUUUGCCAGUAAAGAAGGCUAAACUUAAUCAGGAGCUGCUUUCAACCAUCGCUGUACCCAUCCAGCCCACAGGGGCCAUAAAGUUCAUUAUACACACACAACCUGGGCCAGGACCUACCUUGUGUAGUAAUAAGGACUCUCUCCUUGAUAACGCUGGCAUGCCUAAGGCUGUAGUGAUAGAAACAAUUGAUGAACCAUCUACAAAGGUUGGGGACAAAGAUAAUCAAACAUUGAAGAAUGGAGUUUCCCUUGCUAGAACAAAGGUCAAGGGAAAGGGAAAAACCCUCAAGGUGUUGAAAUCUGAAAAAAGUGUCAAGGCAACAAAGAAAGAAAUCAAUUUGAAAACAAAACAUGAACGUAAAGAUAAGUUGAGAUCAGGGCAGAACAGGGUAUCAAAGUUGGGAAAGAGAAGAGGAGAGCAUCAAGGUAGACAAGCACAGGUCAAAAGGCAGAAAACGUCUCAGAAAUAAACCAGAUUGUACAUGUUUUACUGUACAGUACAUUUUUUACCAUAUAAAUGCACUGCCAAUUCAACUUUUACUUUGUAUUUUUUCUGAGAAUAUGCAUUUCGAUAAUCUUAUGUUUUUAAUAUAUAUAUUUUCAUUAUUUCACUAAGACAUGUGUUUAUAUUAAAUGAAAUUCAAUAAAGAAAAAAGAGUGGUGACACUUUCUUUACAAUGAACAUUUCAUAUUCAACCUGUGAACUGUUAACACAACACUUUCCCAUUGUUGUUAUUUUCAGUCAAACAUUAAAAUCAGGUUGCAGAAAGAAUGACAGAAUAAAUGAAUAUAAGAAUCAAUGGAAGAAUAAGUAAAUAUUGCAAUAGCAUAUAUACCAUUUGAUUAUCAUCCACUUAAAUGUUUCGGUGGAAAGAUAUUUAUUUGACUUUGACUGUCCUUAAAUCUGGAGCGGUUUCUUUUUAAAUAAAUGUGUACAACUAGGGUGAUCUGGUGCACUCGUAAG